AUGCAAAAAACAGCAACAUUUCUCCAAAAUCCAUCAGAAACUACGAGGUUUUCUGAAGUUGGAACCCAAAACAAACGUCAAAAUCACGAGAAAGAAAUCCUCUUUGAGACGGAAACUAAAUACUUGAGGCAAAGUUCUGGUUUUGGCCAUCCAAACAUCACCAAGAACCCAUCGUCAAAGUGGUCUUCUUUGAUCAAACACUGCAUCUUUCAAGGGAAAACAAAACAAGCCCUUUUGAUCUAUAACCGAAAUCGUGGAGUAGGAAACAUUAUCCUGGGUGCAAUCCCUUUAGCCCUCAAGGCUUGUGCUUCAUUAUCUAUGAUUAGCCUUGGCCAAGCUUUACAUGCUGAAUCUAUUAAAGGAGGGGUAGAAGGUGAUGUAAUGGUAGGGACUUCUUUGGUGGAUAUGUAUGGCAAAUGUCGCAAAAUAAGUUAUUCGCGUAAAAUGUUCGAUAAUAUGCCUGAGAGAAAUGUUACUACCUGGAAUGCAAUGAUAGGAGGGUACAUGAAAGUUGGAGACUUGAAAUCUGGAAUAUUCUUGUUUGAAGAAAUGGCAUUAAGGACCUCAGUGACUUGGAAUCAAAUGAUUGAUGGGCUAGCGAAAAAUGGAAAUAUGGCGAUGGCUAGGCAGUUUUUUGAUAGGGUGCCAGAAGAGUUGAGAACUGUGGUAACAUGGACUGUAAUGGUUGAUGGGUAUGCUAGCGGUGGAGAGAUGGAGGCGGCUACUGAAAUUUUCGAGAUGAUGCCAAAGAGGAAUUUUUAUGUUUGGUCAUCGAUGAUUUCAGGCUAUUUUAAGAAGGGCAAGGUUGAAGAAGCAAAGGCAAUCUUUGAUAGGAUGCAGUUAAGAAAUUUAGUGAAUUGGAAUUCAUUGAUAUCUGGAUAUGCACAGAAUGGACUGUGUGACGAAGCAUUGGAUGCAUUUACAAGGAUGCAAAGUGAGGGGUUUGAACCAGAUGAGUUUACUUUGGUGAGUGUAUUAUCAGCUUGUGCUCAGUUGGGUAUCUUGGAUGUUGGCAAGAAAGUGCAUGAAAUGGCGAUCCAGAAAGGGGUGGUCCAAUUGAAUAACUUUGUUCUUAAUGGAUUGGUUGACAUGUAUGCAAAAUGUGGGGAUCUAAUAAAUGCUAGAUUGCUCUUUGAGGAGAUGCCAUGCAAAACUACGGCAACUUGGAAUGCUCUGAUUUUGGGUUUUGCAGUCCACGGACAAUGUAAGGAAGCUAUUAAGCUUUUUGGCAGAAUGGAUAGCAGGGGUGAGAAGCCUGACAAUAUAACCUUUCUUGCUGUUCUAUCUGCGUGUGCGCAUGGGGGAUUUGUUGAAAAAGGUUUAGAAAUUUUCUCCAAGAUGGAGAAAUAUGGAGUGACAGCGAGCAUCAAGCAUUAUGGGUGUAUAGUUGACCUCUUGGGCCGUGCAGGGAGAAUACAAGAGGCCUAUAAACUAAUCAAGGAGAUGCCCUUAAAACCAAAUGAGACGAUUUUGGGAGCUCUACUUGGAGCAUGUCGAACUCAUGGAGACACAGAUAUGGCAGAGCGCAUGCUGGAGGAGGUAGACGGAUUAAAAUGUGGCUCUGCCGUGGAUGACCCUGUUCACUAUGUUCUGCUCUCAAGUAUCUAUGCAGCUUCUGAGAAAUGGGAGCAAGCUGAAGGAAUGAGGGUGGCUUUAUUUAAUAAAGGUUCUAAAAAAGCAGCAGGCUGUAGCACCGUGAUGCUUGAAAGCACGGAAAGUAGUUUUAUUCCGCCUCUAAAGACCAGUUGACAUCUUUAACCAAAUCAAACGAGUGGACCAGAGUAGAUACUGGCCUUGCUAGUUUUUUAAUCAAUGAUGAGGACUUGAGCAGUUCAGAGAAUGACUUUGAGAGUACCAACUGCAUACAAUCCAUUAUAUAGAAAUACAUUAUUGAAACACCAAUUUAAUGCAAUUAGAGGUUCUGCCUAUGCCUCUAUAUCGUGUAGUCUAACUUUUAAAUGAUUUUUCAACCUAAAUGGGAGAAAGCUGAAUGUAUGAGGGU